CGAGCGAGCGGGCGCGAGCAUCGACCGCGCGUCACGCUCUCAAACGAGCGCGCCCGAAGCCGACCGAACAUUCCCGAACGUUCGCCCCCCGCGCCAGUCCCGCCCGCGCGCCCACCGACCGCGCACGUCGAAGCGAAUUCUCGCUCGUUCGAGAAUAUUCCACGCGCGGCACACUUCCAACCGGUAUCAACAGCGCUAUUUCGUGUCGCCCUAGUACUCUCAUGUGGAAGCGGUAACAUUUCCAACCGACAGUGCUACUUCAUGUCGCCCUAGUACUCCCAUGUGGAAACGCAAGAUGGAGUGGACGAACAAGCAAGUGGUGCGCUUGGUGCGAGAGUACGAGCGGCACCCGGAGGUGUGGGACUCCACGCACGAGCUGUUCCGAGUGUUCACGGCGAAGCACGAGGCGUGGGAGGACAUGGCCAAGAAGUUCAACUGCGAGGUUAUAGACUUGAAGAAGAAGAUGAACUCGGUGCUCGCCUCGCACCGUCGCGAGCGGUGCCGCGUGCGCGCCGGCCGGCCCUCCUGCUGGUUCCUGUACGACGCGCUGAGCUUCCUGCCGCACCACCUGGGCAACCUGGUGCCACGGCAGGCCAAGGGGGGGUCGGAGAAUGAGGAUGAUGGCAGUGUGCAGGGUUAUCAGGACAACCAAGAAGACGAUGAAGAGCAGACGGAAUACCUGGACAUACCCGCAGAUGACAUGCACGAGGAAGUCAUCAUCAAACAAGAAGACCAGCCCAAAAAGAGAACAGUUUAUACCACAUCAGUCGGACGAAUCAAACCGGAAUACAAUCAACGACUUAGACUUAUGAGGAAUAUAAAACGAAAAAACACGGCCGCACCGUCCCAAGGGUCUUUAGCCGCUGCCAACUCUACCACAGAUUUAAUUAGAAUCCUGAAAAGAUCGGAACUAUUAAAGAAGAAAGAUGAGUGCGAUAGUUUUGGAGAAUACAUAGCAAAUUCAUUGAGAAAACAUGGCGAGCGGACGAGAUCCAUGAUAAAGCAUGCCAUCAAUAACAUCAUAUUCGAACAAGAGAUGAAGAAGUAUUCGGGCCAGUACGAUGUGUCGAUAGUCAGCGGUGACGAUGAUGAAAAUCCACUCAUUCUGUCGAAUCAAAUGAGUGAUAACUGAUUUAUGUGAUGAUUUGGUUCGUGAAGUUAUAAAUUUAUUAAUAAUAGGAUUAGAAUAAUUAUUUAAGACUUAUUAGCGUUAAUAAUACAAACUGAUUAAAUUGUAAUGACUUUA